CUCACGUGUUAAGCAAUAAGCGAUAUGCCUAACAUGUACUAUGUCGAACGUGUUCAGAAUUAGCUUUGACACCAACUAUCAUUUUUUGGUAGCAAAUCUUUGCUUUGCUUCGUUCAUAUAACUGCAUUCCUUACAUGUAUAAAAGGGAAAUAUACCAUCGUCAUUUUUUGUCUUUAACUUUUGUUGCUCGAUGGAACAUGGACACAGACGAGACCACGCUAAUGUCCAGCUUGUUGUGCUCUUAAGCAAUUAUAAUGGCACGACCGGGAAGUCGUCUUCCCCCGGUGGAAGAUGGCGAGGGCACUCUGGGCGUCCUCAAGGGUCAGCAAAUGGUCGCUGUCCCAAGCAAUUCCGGACAGAGCAAGAGCAUCUCGUCCAUCGACCAGUUUACGGCGCUGUUCGGGUACUCGCCAACUGACCGGCGCCCCCCUCCUGGCCGCGGUCCAGCCACUCCUCCUCCCACGUCCUUAGCAAAGGAUGAAAAAGCGGGCGCGACGGUGUCACCCCCACGGGCCGGCUCGCCCCCGCGAGCAAACAUCCUGGGGAUGGGUCCCGAGGAGAUGCAGCACGCACUGGGCUACAGGCCGAAGCGCAAGGGGGAGCACGACCUUCGCCCAGCACAGCAGCGGGCCUUCCAGUUCCGGGGCGCUAUCAACAAAAGCACACUGUGCCUGCAGCCGGACCUCUCCCCGGAGUCUAUCAUGGACUCAGCAGCAAGCUACGCCCUGCCACCAAGUACGGCGCCCCCAGCGCUGACGCCGGCCCUACUGGACGGCCUCAAGCCGGGCCCCCCGCCUGCCACAACGGACGCCUCUCUGAUGGGGACCUUCAUCCUCCAGAAGGACCUUAAGCCAUUCAGCAGCAGCACCCGCCUGCCGUACCAGCACCUGAACGGCAGCGCGCCGGGUGCUAGCGUGGAGGCGCCGCCGCAAGGCCCCUUCAUGAUGCCGCCGGUGGAUGUCAGCAUGUCGGACGCCUACAACUACAAUGUCCCCGCCGACGUGCGCACGGGCGAGGACGCUGUCCGCCUCUUCAGCUCCUCCGCCGCCAAGGGCGGUCUCAUCAUCUACUGCAACCUCAACCCCCAGGCGGGCGGCGGCGAGUACAACCCCUACGACCUGGUCGUGGUGGACCGCGCUCGCGUGGACCCGCGGCACCACUACGUGCUCACGCAGAGCGGCGUCACGCAGAUGCUGGGGGGCACGGCGCAGGAGCUGCAGCCGUUCCAUGCGUGGCAGCGCGACCGCAACCUGUUCACGGUGCUGCGGAAGCUGGUGUUCUUUAAGCACAAUGAGGUGUUCCAGGCUUUCUGGCAGUGGCGGGACGCGGUGCGUGUGCUCAAGUUCCGCGCCCGGCAGCGCCUGCUGGCUCACCAGCUGCUGGUGCUGAGCCCCACCUUCCACCGAGCACUGCUCAAUGUGCGACGCAUGACACUGGCUGUGAGCUCCGAUACCAACGGAACCUGGAGGAAGACGCCAGACGGCCAAUGGGUGGAGCUGGAGGCUGAGCUGGUGGCGCCCGGCCCCGUGCCGUCCCGCCACCAGCAACAACAGCAGCAGCAGCAGCCCCUGCCGACCCCGCCUCCCCAGCUGCAGCUUCAACACGUCAACGAAUCCUCCUCCGUGUCCGGAUCAGGCGCGGCCGGGGACGCCGUUGCUGCCGCCGCCGCCGCAGGCGGCAGCGGCGCUGCAGGCGCCGCUAGCCAAGACGCCUCCGGCGUCACCGCCGAGGGCGGCGGCCUCAUCCUCGCCAUCAGCGGCCCGGAGUUCGCCCCGCCCACACCCCUCCCUGCGGAGCGCCUGCCUGAGAGCGGCCUGCCGUACCAGCUGGGCUAUGUGGGCACCGUACACGACCAGUACAGCCUGGCGGACUUUAAGCGCAUGCGUGAGGAGCAGCGCAGUGCGGUGAGCAGCGCGCUGCAGGACAUGGUGGGCUAUGUGCGGUCUCAGGUGCAGGUGGUGGGGCAGGCGGUGCAGGCCAAGCUGGCGGCGGCGCAGGCGGCGGUGGCAAAGCCCACGCGGCAGGAGGCGCGGCAGCAGCGGUUCGAGGCGCCGGGCCGCCAAGCUUGGAAGGCCAAGUCCCUAGCCCUCGCCCACAGCGACGCAGACCAGCGCCAACGUGACCUGGAAGACGCCGUACACGCGGCCCAUCAGCUACUGCGCUUCGUAACGCUUGCAGACUGCCUCAUGCUGGGGCAGCUAGCGGAGUUGGCGCGCCUAGCCGUGCUACUGUGCGUGUGUCAGCUGGAGAUGCCGCGCAAAGGCGGGUUGUACAUCGUGGCUGGCAGCCUGGAGGACCCCACGGCCACCUCGGCUGCCGCCGUGUCGAGGUCGGCGGGGCUGCCGGCAUGGGGCAGGUCGGGCACGUUUGCAUCCAGCGUUGUGUUUGCAGCGUCGUCGACGAUGGGCAGGCGGAGGUCAGCGGGGUUUCCGUUGCUGGCGGCAAGCAGCCGACAGUCUCAUGCGGGGGACGCCAUCACGCCCCGUGCGCCGCGGAACUUCAGCGGAAACCAGAGCGGUUCGGACGAUGAUGAGGACGAAAGCAGCGAUGACAUACCCACGCCCGCGCCGGCGUUUGUGUUUAACCCGGGUAGCGAGGACCUAUCCUCGGCGGUCGCCAACCUACCUCGGGAGAUCCUGCAUGUGGUGAUUGUUUCCUCGGCGGCGCUCACCACCUAUCCGGAUGUACGACAGCUGCUUUCGGAGAUUGGCGCCAAGGGCAUUCCGGUUCCGGCGCGGGUGAUGAAUGCUCGUACGUACGACAUGAUGGGCUCGUCCACUCGGGUAGCGGGCGGCUUCCAUGGGGAGGUGUUGCGGUCGGCGGUGGAUGUGCGGGCCAUGAUGAACCGGCUGCAUGCUGCUGUGUUGGCGGACUACAGCGCCGCCAUGCAGCACCCCGCCAUGCAGCCCUACCGCGGACACGAGGUGCAGUGGGGGCGGGUCAGCAGGUUCGCACCCGAGUCGUACAGGAACACCGGCAUGUCCCCCGAGACGCUGCACGCCGACCUGUCGUCCACCUCCGCCUGGCUGGGUGAGAUGGUGGGUGCGCGCACCUCGGUCAUCGUGGGCCUGGUGGCGCUGGACAUGAGCGCGCUGCAGCGGGCGGCGCUGCCCGCCAUACAGAAGGCUCACAGCGGCAUCAUGUCGCUGCUGGGCGCCCUGCUGGUGGCGCAGUCGCAGCAGCUCACCAGACGCCUCGCGGACUACACAGCCAACCUCAUCUCACGACCCAGCCAGCUGCCGGAGUUCGUGGCGUACGUGGAGAUCAUCUGGCCGCACCUGGACCCGCUGAGCUCCAUCCGCCAGGCCAUCACCGCCGAGCUGGGCCACAUGACCCACCUGCAUGUCACAUACCUGGAGUCCUCUCCCAACGCCGGCGCCAACCCGGGCAGCCCCACCCUCUACCACCCGUUAUACGGCAUGUCCUCCUCCCUGGGCGCCGACGGGGGGCAUCACCCGGAUGAUGACGACGAGGACGCCGACCCCAAUAAGCCCCCCUCGGGGCGGCAGGUGCGGGGCGCAUGGGAGGCGUUGCAGGCCUCCAUGGCGCGCUACACGGACGAGGCGCGGGCGGCGGCGGAUUACUUCCAGAAUGCGGCAGCACUCAUGGUGACGCACCUCAAGACGUCGCUCAUAGAGUCCGGCAACGCGCUGCACCUGGUGCUCUCCCAGCUGCGCACCGGCGUCUCCACCGACCCCUCCGCCGCCGCCCCCGACGUCGCCGCCCACCUAGACGGCCUCGCGGAGGGGCUCCGCACCCUGGCCGCCGGCGUUGAGCAGCACAGCAGCUGGGCGAGGCUGCUGACGCACCCCUCCACCACCGGCCUGGUGGCCUCCUUGGAGGCGCAGCUGGGAGCGGCGCGUAGCGUGCUGGCGGCGCGGCGGGCGCUGUGGGAUGUGGUGGCGGGGUGGAGGAGGUUCCUGGAUCGGCUGUACGGCGUGCCGUGUAUUGAUGAGGACCGGCAGAGGUUGAUGGCGGAGCUGGCGGACCAUGUGACACGGCUGAGGACGCAUGCAGCGAGGAUUACGUCCCUGCACACCGACGACGACCUCACCAGCACCCGCACCGUCACCCCGGCGGAACAGAAGCUGGGCGCGCACCUCAGCGUGCUCGUCAAGUCCUGGCAGGACAUCCUGCCCCUCGCACAACAGCUGGUCAACCCCGCCGUCAAGCCACGACACCUGCGCACGCUGCUGGGAUGGCUGGCCGCACACCGCGCCGUCGCCUCCGCCGCGGCUGCCGCCGCCGGCAAGGGCGGUGGUGGCGGCGGCGGCCGCAACGUCACGCCCAUGGAGGCGGCGGGGGCGGCGCCUCCGGUGCUGCUAAUGCAGGACCCCUUUGCGCUGCCGCCGACGCAUGUACGACAGGACGAUGCGUUGGUGGCGGAGGCGGCGGGGCGGACGUCGCUGGCUCAGCUGGUGACGUCGUGCAGCGAGUCGGCACACACGCGGCAGCUGGUAGCUCGGAUAUCACAGGUUGCCCUCGGCGAGGCCCAGCUGGUGUCAUGGCUGCAGUCCAUUAAGGAGCGGCUGACCGCCAUCCCGCUCACCUACAGCAGCGCCCGCACCUGGGGCUCAUUCACACCCACCAACGUGCCGGAGGUGCUGGCGGCGCUGGCGGCUCUGGGCGCGGAGCUGGGUGCCGUACAGCGCAGUCCCUUUUACUGCGGCGUGCUGCGGGAGUAUGAGCGGGUGGAGCAGCUGCUGGGGGGGCUGCAACGCAGCAUGCAGGACGUGUCGUACUGCAUGGACAAGUGGACGUACAUGUGUCAGCUGCUGCACAACCCGGUGGUUUCGGAGCGGGUUCCGGAGGCGGUCGCCUCCAUGGACAUGCUGGGCAGCGCCUGGCGCAAGCUGCACAUGGCGGCCAUGGAGCAGCCCACGUUGCAUGCGGCGUCAGUGGCGCUGCAGGACUGCCGUGUGCUGGUGGCUGCCAUGGAGAACGUGCGCCGCGGCAUCGCACAGGCGCUGCUGCCCGCCAUGCGCGACGCCUACCCGCGGCUGUGGCUGGUGGGCGACGAGGUGCUGAUGGCGGCGCUGGCGGUGGGCGGAGAGGUGGAGGCGCUGCCGGGGGGGCUGCUGGAGGCGCUGUACGGCGGAGUGGUGGGGCUGCAGGUGCAGGUGCAUGAACACCUGGAGGACUCCCCUCCGCUGCCCCCCGAGGUGGUGGCCCUUGUGGGGUCCAGCGGGGAGGUCUGCACCCUGCGCCAGCCCCUCGCCGCCCCCUCCGCAGCCGGCUCCUUUCGCCUGGAGGGUUGGCUUUCCGCCCUAGAAUCCGAGUUGCGCGCCUCCCUGGCAGCUCACACCUGCGACUGUGUGGCUGCAUGCGGCUACCUUUCACCCGAGGUGUGGGUGGCGUCGUUCCCCAGCCAGUGCGUCAUGCUGGUGGAUGCGGUGGUGUGGACGGCCACGGUGACGUCGACGUUGGAGCGUACGUCACAGGGUGAUCGAUCCGCGCUCCGAAACCUGUUGGACCAGUCGGUGUUGCGGUUGGAAACCAUGGCACGACAGCUGCGUGCUGCCAUGGUGGCGGUGCCGCAAGGGUUGAUGCGAGGGGGGCGACAGGUGGAAGACCUGGCGGCGCGCGCGGCGGCGGCGGCGCUGACGGCG